GUUGUCAGCUAGCCAGGGUGUUGAAGGCAGCGUCACAUUGCACUAGGAACACCAUGGGGAAAGGGGAGCUCGUCGAAGAUGUUGCUACAGCUUCCAGCUACAGAGAUUUCCGGCUGGAGCACAUGCAUCUUGAUCUGCAGGUAGAUAUGACAGAUCGCAAGCUACGAGGAUCGGAAAAGCUGAAGCUACGGGUGCUGAGGGAGACCGGAGAGCUGAGGUUGGACGCCCACCCUUGCAUGCGGGUGUUGCAAGCCCGAAGAGAGGGAGUCCCCAAGCAAAAUCUAACCUGGGAGGAGAAGCCAUUCACUCGGUAUGGGAGUAUCAUUGUGCUUCGUCUACCCGAAACUAUGUCACCUGGAGCCCAGCUUGAGAUAAAUAUCGACUAUGAAACCAAUGAAAGCCCUGGGGUGUGCUGGUUGGAACCACCGCAGACAGCAGGGAAAAAGAAACCGUAUAUGUACACACAGGGCCAGGCUGUUUUGAACCGCUGCUUUUUCCCAAGCUUUGAUACACCUUCUGUUAAAUGCACCUAUUCUGCGAAUAUUAAGGUGCCUGAAGGUUUUACUGCCAUCAUGAGUGCCAACAACUGGGACCAUCAAGGUGACACGUUUAUCUUUAACAUGACAAAGCCCAUUCCUUCCUAUCUGGUGGCUCUUGUUGUUGGAGACAUAGUAUCAGCAGACGUGGGACCUAGGAGCCGAGUUUGGGCAGAGCCAUGUGUGAUUGAAGCUGCAAAAAAAGAAUUCAAUGGUGUAAUAGAAGAGUUUCUCAGUGUAGGAGAGAAACUUUUUGGACCAUAUGUUUGGGAUAGGUAUGAUGUCCUGUUCAUGCCCCCAUCUUUUCCAUUCGGUGGCAUGGAAAACCCCUGCAUUACAUUUGUGACCCCCUGUCUGCUGGCUGGUGACCGUUCUCUAGCAGAUGUCAUCAUUCAUGAGAUCUCUCACAGCUGGUUUGGUAACCUGGUAACCAAUGCCAGCUGGGGAGACUUCUGGCUAAAUGAAGGCUUCACAAUGUAUGCCCAAAGGAGGAUCACCACUGAACUAUAUGGCUCUGCAUACAGUUGUCUAGAAGCUGCUACAGGAAGAGCUUUACUGCGUCAGCAUAUGGAUACCUCAGGAGAAGACCAUCCACUGAACAAACUGCGCGUCAAAAUAGAGCCUGGAGUGGAUCCAGAUGACACUUACAAUGAAACACCAUAUGAGAAAGGAUUCUGUUUUGUCUCUUACCUAGCCCACCUCACAGGAGAUCAGAGCAAGUUUGAUUCUUUUCUGAGGGCUUAUAUUGACAAUUUCAAGUUCCAAAGCAUUACAGCUAAUGAAGCUCUGGAGUUUUAUUUAGACUUCUUUCCUGACCUAAAAUCAAAAGGAGUGGAUACAAUUGCAGGUCUGGAGUUUGAUUGUUGGUUAAAUACCCCUGGUUGGCCACCUUUUCUGCCCGACUUAUCCCCUGGUGAUGUCCUUAUGAGGCCAGCAGAAGAACUUGCAGUACUAUGGUCCUCCACCCCCUUGGACAUGGAUGCUAUUAGAAAAGAGGACAUUACAGUAUGGAAAACUUAUCAAUGUAUAUACUUCUUGGAUAAAAUUCUGGAGAAAUCACCUUUGCCUGCAGGUAAUGUGUUAGAGUUGGGAAGGCAAUAUCCAAACAUCUCAGAAGCCACCAAUGCUGAGCUACGACUGCGCUGGUGUCAGAUUAUUUUGAAGAAUAACUACCAAACUCAGUUCUGUAAAGUCAGGGAGUUUCUUUACAGCCAGGGCAAGCAGAAGUAUACAUUACCAUUAUAUCGUGCAAUGCAUAAUGGCUCAGAGCAUGCUCAGGCCCUAUCCAAGGUAGUCUUCAAGCAAACGUCUAAACAGCUUCAUUCCAAUGUGAAGGAGUACGUGAAGAAGAUUUUGGGUGUAUAGAAUGUUGUUUUUUUGCCAUGAAAAUAAGAAGAAAGGAUAACACAUAAGAAAGGAUACAUAAUGUCUGAUACACCCAAGUUUUCCAGUUCAGGCAUGUCCGGGGAGCCAACAUUCUAUUGUACAUUCUCUUGUUUUCACAUCUCCAUUUUCUAUUUUUAAAGUUUUAUAGUGUAUAGCAAGGUAUUUUAAAACUUCUGAGCAGGGUAAAUAUCACUCAUAUUUCAAAGGAGUUAGUCCAACAAAAGUGUGAUUUAAUAAAACACUGUUUAAUGGUUAGAGUAAUCCUUCCUGACACUAUUGCCUCACCAUGUUUACUCGUUUGAAAGUAAUUUGCUAUCAUAUCUGUAUGUCAAACGGAAAUGCAGAACAUAGACUCCCAACUACCAUGACCGCUUCAAAUCACUGAAGUAGUCAUGGUGCUUGGAGUAACCAUUUUAAAUAAAUGAUCUUAGUUUCCCUUUCUGUAUACAACUAUUUUCCUGUUAAAGUUUCAUGGAUGGAAACAACUAUCACCCCUGAGUAGAGAUUCUCCUUUACGACAUUUACACACAUUCUGCAGACUGAAUGUAAAACUGGCUGAAAAAAAUAAAAAACAAAUUUAACGUG